GGCUCCGUCACGUGACGCAGGUGCCGGCCCGAGCAGCUGGUAACGGGCCACGUGAGAGGGGUGCGAAGAUGGCGGCUGGCGGGCUGUGCGCGAGGAGUAGCAGAGAACUGUGGACCAUUCUGCUGGGCAGAUCAGCUUUGAGGGAAACAGCUCAGAUUGCAGCAGAGUUGAACAAACAUUGGCAGAGGCUACUAGAGGGGCUCUCAUACUACAAGUCUCCCAGUUCAAGUUCAGCAGAAAAAGUAAAAGCUGACAAAGAUGUGGCUGCUCCGCUGAAGGAACUAGGCUUAAGGGUCAGCAAGUUCUUGGGUCUGGAUGAAGAACAGAGUGUACAGUUGCUACAGUGUUAUCUUCAGGAAGAUUACAGAGGCACCAGGGACUCACUGAAGACUGUUCUGCAGGAUGAAAGACAGAGUCAGGCUCUGAUGCUGAAGCUGGCUGACUAUUACUGUGAAGAAAGGAUUUGCAUUCUGCGCUGUGUCCUCCACCUCCUUACCUAUUUUCAGGAUGAGAGGCACCCCUACAUGGCACAAUACUCCCAGUGUGUUGAAAAGUUGGAAAAGGAACUGGUUCCUAAUUACAGGAAACAGUUUGAAGAGCUGUACAAAGCAGAAGCUCCUACUUGGGAAACGCAUGGAAAUCUCAUGACAGAGCGCCAGGUAUCCCGCUGGUUUGUGCAGUGCCUCCGUGAGCAAUCCAUGCUUUUGGAAGUCAUCUUUCUUUACUAUGCUUACUUUGAGAUGGCACCUGAUGAACUGUUGGCAUUUGCCAGGAUGUUCAGAGAUCAGGGAUUUGGCUCUAGACAGACCAAUAGGCACUUGGUAGAUGAAAGCAUGGAUCAUCUGGUGGAUCGUAUUGGCUACUUCAGUGCUCUUAUUCUUGUGGAGGGCAUGGAAAUUGACUCCCUGCAUGAACGUGCUUUGGAUGAUAGAACAGAAGAACAUAAGUUAGCCAAUAAUGGGCACGUUCACCAGCAGGAAAUGGACCGUCUACUGCUGACAUUAGGGGAUGUUUCGCAUCAUGCCCCUGUUCUCUUGGCCUGGGCUUUGCUUCGCCAUACAAUAAGCCCAGAAGAGUCAACACAUAUAAUCAGGCGAAUGGGGAGUACUGCAAUUCAGCUUAACGUGUUCCAGUAUCUGACCAAACUUCUCCGAUCACUAAGCAGUGGGGGGAAGAAUUGUACUGCCAGCACCGCUUGCAUGUGCAUUUAUGGGCUGCUUUCCUUUGUCUUGACCUCACUGGAGUUACGUACACUAGGCAAUCAGCAGGAUAUAAUUGAUGCUGCGUGUGAAGUUCUAGCAGCUUCCAGCAUUCCCCAGCUCUUCUGGAGGACAGAGCCAACUGCAGGUCUUGGCAUUAUCCUGGACAGUGUGUGUGGAAUGUUCCCCCAUCAUCUCUCUCCUCUCCUUCAGCUACUCCAAGCCCUUGUGUCAGAUAAAUCUACUGCAAAAAAGGUGUAUAGCUUCCUGGAUAAAAUGUCCUUCUACAUUGAGUUGUACAAGAACAAACCCCCUGAUGUGAUUUCACAUGAAGAUGGCACCCUUUGGCGAAAGCAGGCACCAAAGCUCCUCUAUCCUCUGGGGCUGGGUCAGACAAACUUGCGAAUACCUCAGGGAACAGUGGGCCAAGUAAUUCUGGAAGACCGGGGGUACCUGGUACGAUGGGAAUAUUCCUACAGCAGCUGGACAUUGUUCACUUGCGAGAUUGAGAUGCUGCUCCACGUUGUAUCAACUGCAGAUGUGAUUCAGCAUUGCCAGAGGGUCAAGCCAGUCAUUGACCUGGUACACAAGGUCAUCAGUACUGAUGUGUCAGUAGCGGACUGUCUUCUCCCAAUCACAUCGCGGAUCUACAUGCUGUUGCAAAGGUUAACAACUGUGAUCUCUCCCCCUGUGGAUGUUAUUGCAUCCUGUGUCAAUUGUUUGACUGUACUUGCUUCUCGGAUGCCAGCCAAGGUUUGGACUGACCUUCACCAUACAGGGUUCUUACCGUUUGUUGCUAAUCCAGUUUCCAGUAUGAGUCGCAUGAUUAGUGCUGAGGGAAUGAAUGCAGGAGGUUAUGGCAACCUGUUGAUGAGUAUAGAACAGCCUCAGGGCGAGUACUGUGUCACCAUCUCCUUUCUACACUUGAUCACUACUCUUGUCCGUGGACAGCUUGGCAGCACACAGAGCCAAGGGCUGAUGCCAUGUAUCGUGUUUGUAUUGAAGGAGAUGCUGCCAAACUACCACAAAUGGCGCUAUAACUCCCAUGGAGUGAGAGAGCGAAUUGGGUGUCUGAUCCUGCAGCUGAUCCAUGCUAUUUUGAAUUUGUGCCCUGAAAUGGAUCCUCAUAGCAGCAGUGCCCCCAGCCUUCAGUCUUUAUGCAUUUUCAGCCUGGCUAACACAGAAGCAGGGCAGGCUGUCAUUAACAUCAUGGGCAUUGGUGUGGACACCAUUGAUAUGGUAAUGGCCUCACAGUCCAGUAGUGAUGAGUCACUGGGCCAGGGCCAGCUGCUGAUCCAGACGGUUAAGUUGGCAUUCUCAGUCACUAAUAAUGUCAUCCGGUUGAAACCUCCUUCUAGUGUGGUAUCCCCACUUGAACAGGCUCUCACACAGCAUGGUGCUCAUGGGAACAAUUUGAUUGCUGUCUUGGCCAAAUACAUCUACCACAGGCAUGACCCAGCACUACCACGCCUUGCCAUCCAGCUGCUUAAACGAUUGGCUACGGUUGCUCCUAUGUCUGUGUAUGCCUGCCUUGGCAGUGAUGCUGCUGCUAUCCGUGAUGCUUUCCUGACUCGUCUUCAGAGUAAGAUUGAGGACAUGCGCAUUAAAGUCAUGAUCUUGGAAUUCCUCACAGUUGCUGUAGAGACGCAACCUGGGCUUAUUGAGUUGUUCCUGAACCUGGAAGUGAAAGAUGGGGAUGAUGGGUCAAAGGAAUUCAGCUUGGGGGAAUGGAGUUGCCUCCAGGUGGUCCUGGAGCUGAUAGACUCUAAGCAGCAGGAAAGAUAUUGGUGCCCUCCCCUCUUGCACCGUGCUGCCAUUGCGUUCCUACACGCUCUGUGGCAGGACCGUCGGGACAGUGCUAUGCUUGUUCUGCGGACCAAGCCCAAGUUUUGGGAAAAUUUAACCAACCCCCUGUUUGGGAUCCUUGCUCCCCCUUCAGAAACAUCAGAGCUCAGUGUCUUGGACACCUGUGCCUUAAUCAUGAAAAUCAUCUGCCUGGAGAUCUACUAUGUAGUCAAGGGCUCACUGGACCAGUCCCUAAAAGAUACCUUGAGGAAAUUCUCUAGCGAAAAGCGCUUUGCUUACUGGUCAGGAUAUGUGAAGUCACUGGCACAUCAUGUGGCAGAGACAGAGGGUACCAGCUGUGCCUCCCUGACAGAAUAUCAAAUGCUGAUUUCAGCCUGGCGGAUGCUGCUGAUCAUCUCUACCAGUCACGCAGAUAUAAUGCAUCUGACUGAUUCUGCAGUCCAUCAGCAGCUGUUUCUGGAUGUGCUAAGUGGAACCAAGGCUUUACUGCUGGUUCCCAUGUCAGUAUCCUGCCUGCAGCUGGGAUCUAUGCUAUGCACCCUUCUUCUGAUUCUGCUCAGACAGUGGAAAAGUGAAUUGAAUUCUGUGGAUAAAAUCAUAAACUCCUUGACGCAGAUUUUGGAGGGAGUAUUGCAGGCGGAUCAGCAGAUGAUGGAGAAGACCAAGGCCAGAGUGUUCUCUGCUCUCAUCACUGUCCUGCAGAUGAAAGAGAUGAAAGUGAGUGAGAUCCCACAGUACUCCCAGUUGGUGAUGAGUGUGUGUGAGACAAUCCAGGAUGAAGUAAUUGCGUUGUUUGAUCAGACGAGGCACAACUUGACUUCUGGAGACUCAGCAGAUGACAAGGACAGUAUGGAAACAGAUGAUGUCUCCCGAGUUAAACACAAGGACCAGCGAGAUGGGGUCUGUGUUCUGGGCCUGCAUCUGGCAAAGGAACUCUGUGAAAUAGAUGAAGAUGGAGAUUACUGGCUGCAAGUUACUAGAAAGGUCCCUGUACUUCCCACUACUUUCACAGCCUUGGAAAUCAGCCUGAGAGUCAAGCAGAACCUUCAUUUCACGGAGGCCUCAUUGCAUCUACUCUUUACCUUAGCCAAGACACAACAGGGAGCUGCAGCUGUGGCUGGAGCAGGUGUCACGCAGAGUGUCUGCCUGCCCCUCCUGAGUGUAUAUCAGCUUAGCAGUAAUGGAACAAUUCAGACGCCUGCCUCAUCCCGGAAAUCUCUGGAUGCUCCCUCUUGGCCUGGGGUCUAUCGUCUCUCUAUGUCAUUGAUGGAGCGCCUUCUGAAGACGCUUCGGUACAACUUCCUGACAGAGGCACUGGACUUUGUGGGUGUCCAUCAAGAGAGGAUUCUCCAAUGCCUGAAUGCAGUACGGACUGUGCAGAGCUUGGCCUGUCUGGAAGAAGCUGAUCACACUGUUGGCUUCAUUCUUCAGCUCUCCAAUUUUAUGAAAGAGUGGCAUUUCCACCUGCCACAGCUCAUGAGGGACAUGCAGGUGAACUUGUGUUACCUGUGCCAAGCCUGUACUUCCCUUCUGCAUAGCCGCAAAAUGCUUCAGCACUAUCUACAGACAAAAAAUGGGGACUCCCUUCCCUCAGGUGUGACACCUCGAGUGCAGCGCACCUCUCAGACCUCCUCCAGGCAUCCAAACCCUGAAUCAGAGGCUGCAGAGCAGAAGGCCCUGCGCACAGUGCAGUACAGUCUCCUGAAAAUCCUUAGCAAAUCCCUGGCUGCCCUGCGCCACUUCACUCCUGACCUCUGCCAGAUCCUCCUUGAUCAGUCACUGGACCUUGCUGAGUACAAUGUGCUCUUUGUUCUGAGUUUCACCACACCAGCCUUUGAUUCAGAUGUCGCUCCCUCCUUUGGGACCCUCCUGGCCACAGUCAACGUGGCUCUUAACAUGCUGGGAGAGCUGGAUAAGAAGAAGGAGCCCUUCCCUCAAGCUGUAGGGCUGAAUACGCAAGAAGGGACCAAAACUCUUAAGUCCCUGCUCAUGUUUACAAUGGAAAACUGUUUCUACCUGCUCAUCUCCCAGGCUGUUCGGUAUUUGAAGGAUCCAGCUGUGCAUCCACGAGACAAGCAGCGAAUGAAGCAGGAGCUCAGUUCGGAGCUGAGUACGCUGCUCUCCAGCCUGUCUCGUUACUUCCGCCGUGGUGGUCCUUCUUCUCCUGCCAGCGGGGUCCUUCCUUCCCCCCAGGGAAAGUCUGCCUCCAAGUUUGGUUCUGAGGGGCAGGAGCCUUUGAUCCAACUGGUUCAAGCCUUUGUCAGACAUGUGCAGAGAUAGGUUCUGUACUUCCACUGCCUCCCUUUUCAGGAUUCACACCAGAACUACACAUUUCCACAACAGAAGGUACCACGCUUGGCAGGACUUGUAAUAAGGACUGAGGGAGAGCUGGAUGAUACUCUAAAUUGAGCGAUAACACCAGCCAGUGAGAUCCUAUUGAACCUGACUAGUAGAGUGAAUGAAAGGUCCAAGAGUGGUGCCCUUUCAAAGGAACUGAUCAGGGUGUCCCUACAGACACCCUGCCUGGCUGGGUACAAGUGCUGAGUGCGCAAACCUGUUAUUUUAAUAGCUUGUACCUCCGCAGGAGCAGCUGGGUGGGGAGAGGAGGCAACUUUUCUAUCUUCCUCUGGGCAUUAACUCUGCUCUUACUACAAGAUGCAAUCUUCCUUUCCUCAACAGUGAGGUACAGUCAAGGGAUCAGCCAGCAAUCUUUCUACUGCUAUUUUUGUAUUGAACAGUACAAGGCAAGGUGAUACGUGUGUGUGCAAGGUGAUACGUGUGUGUGUGCUCCCUCCUGUCAGUUUGUGCGUUCUGUAUAUUUCAGAAGAUUAGAACACCACCUCACCCAGAAAAAGUUUUUAAGUCAAAAUUCCAUUGCUCCUGUCUUGCAAGUUUUUGUAACCAUGCCCUAUUUAUACGGAUAUUAAAACAUUUAUAGACAAACUG